CCUUCUGGCAAGAGCUGCACUUCUGGCGGCGUGCGGGACGCUCGGUGCAUGUUCGACGAAAUGCCCCAGCGGGACAGCUCUAUCGCGGGCUUCUGCCGCAUGCGCUCUUCAGGUUUGCGUCCCGAUCAAUUCACAUACAGGCAUGCGGUCUCGGCCUGUGCUACCUCCCUGAACCUUGGUUUGGCCGAGCAGCUCUAUGCUUUAGUGAUCAAAGACGGGUUUUGUUCAGAUGGAUACGUUUGUUCCAGGCUCAUUGACAUCUUCUCCGCGCAUGGUCGUCUAGACGAUGCUCUAGGGGUAUUAUGGCAGGGUGCCGCCAGAAAUGUCGUGUGUUGGAACAUGAUCAUCACUGGUGCAGUGCGAAAUGGCGAGAUUUACUUGGCAUUGGAUCUUUUCCGUCUGAUGGUGGACUUUUGCAAUCCAAAUCCUUUUACGUUGUCAAGUAUCUUAUGUGCGUGUGCUUCUUCUGGGAAACUAGAAGCAGGUGAAGCUGCACAUGGUUGGGCGAUUAAGAAUGAUGCUGUUGCUGAUGUGUUUGUUGCCACGGCGAUCGUCGACAUGUAUGUGAAAUGUGGAGUUAUGGAUGCGGCCAUGCGGCAAUUCUCGUCCAUAGCAAUCCGCAAUGUGGUUACUUGGACAGCAGUUAUUUCUGGUUUUGUCCAGAAGGGUGAGUUCGUAGAUGCAUUGUUACUUUUCAAACAAAUGUUGUCUUCAGGCGUUGAGAUUAACAAGUUUACUCUGACAAGUGUACUACUUGCCUGCUCUAAAUCCUCUACGGCAAUGGAGACAGACCAAGUACAUUGCUUGAUUAUGAAGAAAGGCUUGCAUGUUGAUUUUGAGGUAAAAGAUGCGUUGCUCAGAACAUAUGGGAAAUUUGGAUAUAUUACGUAUGUCAAUAGGGUUUUUGAAGAGACAGGUACAGUGCAAAGUGCUUCCACUUGGUCAGCUUUGGUCUGCAGCCUUGCGGAAAACAAAUGCUUGAUGAGAUCAAUGCAGCUCUUCUGCUGGAUGUUUAGUGAAGGUCUUAAACCUGACAAGAAUUGCUGCUCUUGCAUCCUAAGUAUAGUUGACCAUGUUGAUUUUGGAAGGCAAAUACACUCAUAUGCUAUAAAAUUUGGGGGCGUCCAUGAUAUUCUUCUUGGAAACGCACUUUUUACCAUGUAUUCCAAAUGUGGUAGCCUAGAAGAAAGCUAUCAAUUUUUUAUGACCAUAAAGGAGAAAGACAGAAUUUCUUUUACAUCUAUGAUUUCUGGUUUUGUAGGAUAUGGUCACACAGAUGAAGCAUUCCAGUUGUUCAGGGACAUGAUGGAGGAAAAGGUUAUACCAGAUAACAUGACUAUAUCUUCCAUUCUUAUGGCUUGCCAUGGUGAAUAUUCCUUGACCAAAGGAAAGGAACUUCAUGGAUAUGCUCUUCGUAAUGGGUUCCUCGUUGAUCCACCUCUUGGUAGUGCGCUAGUCUCAAUGUAUUUGCAAUGCAAAAGACCAGCAUUAGCCAAACAAGUCUUUGAUGGAGUCUCACCAAAAGACCAGAUAAUGUGGUCUUCCUUAGUCUCAGGCUUUGCUUCAAAUGGUUAUAGUGAGGAAGCACUUAUGGAACUUCCAUGCUUAGUUAGUGCUGGCUUUGAGGUUGAUCAAUAUGCAUGCUCAUCCCUUCUUAGAGUUUGUACAAAUUUGUGGAGACCAAGUAUCGGUGAGCAAUUGCAUGCUCUGUCAAUUAAAAGAAACACUAUUUCUUGUAUAUUGGUCAGUAGUGCAUUAUUGACACUAUAUGCAAAAAUUGGUAGAAUUGACGAUUCUUGUAGAAUUUUUAAUGAGACUGAAGACCCUGAUGUAGUCAUGUGGACAUCCAUAGUUGAUGCAUAUGCUCGGCAUGGGAAUGGCAUUCAAGCUCUUGAAAUGUUUCGACUGAUGAAAGAAAAUGGGGUCAGGCCUGAUCUUGUGACAUUUGUUAGCGUCUUGUCUGCCUGUAGUCGUAAUGGUUUAGUGGAAGAAGGCUUUCGCCUUUUCAACUCUAUGAGCUCUGAUUAUGGGAUUAGACCAGAAUCACAUCACUUUGCUUGUAUGGUUGAUUUACUUGGUCGUUCUGGAAGGCUCAAAGAAGCGGCAAGUUUUAUCAGUAUGAUGCCUUUCAAACCUGAUCUACUGGUAUGGAGCACAUUGCUCGGUGGUUGUAAACUCCAUGGAGAUAUUCAGUUAGGAAAUUUGGCUGCAAAGAAAAUUCUUGAACUGGAACCUCAAGAUUCUGCAACUCUUGUUUCUUUGUCGAAUAUAUCUGCUGAGUUAGGAGAUUGGGAACAUGUUACUAUGAUAAGAAGCCCAAUGAAGGGAACUAGACUAAAGAAGGAACCUGGCUGGAGUGUAACCUAAACAGUAUAACUAAUCGGCACUCCAAACUCAAAAGAAGAAUCACUUUGUUUUUCCUCUAUAAGGUUGGACAUAAAUCAGUUAGAUCAUCAUUAGAUGUUGAAAUGCAUCAACGCAGAGCCUUGACCUUUAUCCUUUCUUGAUAAGGCCGAGCCUUGUAGCUUAAGGAUUCAUCAGGUGAAGCAGAAGCACAGAAGACAUUUGGUGAUGGUUUCACUAGCUUUUUAGUGUCUCUCCACUGACUGAUCCAUGCAACUGAUAACUCAUGGUGAGAUGCUUCUCCCAAACCUAAUAGUGCCAGGCCAUGUUCAUUGCUGUUAAACAGAGAUUUUUCUUUAUAUAUAUAUAUUUGGGCAUGAAUAUAUGGUGUUGAGAAUAAUGUUAAACAGAGAUUUUCUUGAAUUAAAUACUAAUGUGCCACAAAUGUUUAAGCCCAAACUUCUAAUUUGCUGGCAUCAAUUAUCCAGCUUAUACUGACUAAUUCAGGAGGUGACCGAUCUGAUCCUAUGAAAAUUUACUAUCGGCUUGAUAAAUCGGGAAGCACUAUGUUUUUGUUCUUUGAACAUAGGUUUGAAACACAAAUAAAUAGUGCCUGUAACUCAAUCACAUAAUCAACUCACAGCAUUAAUUCUACAAGAUCUUUUAUAGACGACUAACUGCUGCCGCCUUAAGUACCUCUAGAAAUGACACAAUUAUGACAACGAUGAUACAGUAGGG